AUAUUUUGCAAGUCCACAUCCACUUCACAGAGUCUCACUAAGACGGGACACCCUUUUUCAAACUUAUUAAGAUGGAUAAAAACAAAGCAGUGACUUUUUUUUAUAGUAUCACCGUUGAUGAAAUGUGUUCUGGUUUGAACGGUUAACUUUUACUUUAAAUUUAGUUUAGUUUUUAGACUUCUUUCUUAAGUCUAAAGUCUAGUUUUGGAAAGUCUGAUGUGCUCUUAAACUAUUUGUAGGGCUGCUAUAAAUAGGCCCCUUCUGGCGACACAUGCGUGUCUAUGAUAGGCAGUUACAGAGAUUGUCUUCACACUCUCUGGCUCCAAAGCAACACUGACAACAUCUUAAUGGGGUUUUACAUGGAUAACACCAUCAAAUCUGAGCCUUGAACUUUGACAAACGGUGGACGUGAUCACGGAGUACUUUCACACCGUGGGUGAUACAUUUACCUCGACACUUUUUGUGAGUUGCUUCAGUGGACGAUGACUUCCAGACGGCCAAUGACUCGCUCUUACUCUGGCAAUGGGAGGACAAGCAGCUUCAGCGAAGACGAGGGCAGCUCUUCCAAUGGCCGCACAGAAAGCCGCAAUCCUUACCUCUCCAAUGUUAGGCCGGAAAACAGCUAUUCAAGGUAUUCUCACUACAGGCCACCGAGGAGCACAUUGUGCAGCGUCAUGGCUCAGCUGACCGAGGACGUACAGCCGUCCUUUGAGACCACCUUGAAAUCAAAGGCAGUGUCAGAAAACUGUAAUGUGAGGUUCUCCUGUGUGGUGUCAGGUUAUCCAGCUCCUGAACUGAAAUGGUAUAAAGAUGAUAUGGAACUGGAUCGGUAUUGUGGACUCCCAAAAUAUGAAAUUCGGAAGAAUGGAAAAACCCACACUCUCCAUAUUUACCACUGCACACUCGAUGAUGCAGCCAUCUAUCAGGUCUCAGCCAGCAACAGCAAAGGUAUUGUCUCCUGCUCGGGAGUUUUGGAGGUCGGCACAAUGAACGAGUUCCAGAUCCACCAGAGGUUCUUUGCCAAGCUGAAGGAGAAAGCAGAGAAGAAGAAGAACGAUCUGGAGGAAACCAAGAAGGGGGGUAAAGAAAACAUUCAGAAAGAGCAACCGCAGAGAAGCCCAGAACGUCCUCAAAGGAAACGUCACGUCCCACCAGAGGAGAGGCCAGCAGUCAAGGAGCCCGAGGCUGAACUGGGAGCUGCAGCAGAACCUAACGGCAUCAGCUCUGAAGUCAAGGAAACAGCCCCGGUGACUUCCAAAGACCUGGAGGAAACUGAGGAAACUUUGGCCAAAAAGAAAAUAAAGAUCACAAAUGGCGUAGAUGCCGGGGUUAACAGCAGCAACAGGAGAAGCAGCAGCAGCAGCAGGAGCCACAUGAUGGGGAAUGGAGGUGAAAACUGUUAUGAUGGAGGAAUCGGUUUAGCACAAUUUCUGGCAGAGGCUCUCCAGUCCCAGAAUGCUGAGGAGAAACAGAGUUCGUCUCGAGGGGAGAAUCCUAAAGAGAUGGAUAUCGUAAGUGCCAGCAAAGAGAAAGAGAGAGAGCAAGAGAGGAUGCAAAAAGUGAGGGAAGAACAAGAAAAAGCCCUAGAGGAAGAGUAUGAGAGAGAGAAAAGGAAAGAAGAAGAGAGGGAGAAAGAAAGGGAAAGGUUGAAGAUGUCGCAUACAGUACCGUACACGAAACACGGUCCAGAAGUGAAACAUCACAGCAAGGCUCAUAAGGAUCACGAACACCACCACAUCCAGGCAUCCAUCUCCUCUGUGCUACACUCUGUCAAAGACUUCUUCUUUGGUAAGAGCAAGAAGGACUCUCAUGAUCACACUGAGAACAAGGAGAGAGAGUUUGACCGCUCGCCUGCCUCAACGCCGCCAUCACUUCGGCUUCAACCGGAGGAUAAACAAGUGUGCAAGCCUCUCACGGAGGAGCCUAUGGAAGUAGAUAAACCAAAGGAGCCUUCAGAAACUGUGGAUAUAGAACAACAGUCUGUGUCACUGAAGCCACAUGAACAUAAGCAUGAAGACAAUGCUCAACACGCAGACCUGCCACCAGGUCAUAAAAGCGUUGAGGAGACCAAAGCGGCUGAUGGUGCCGCAGAGGCCAUGGAGGUGACAGCGGGGCCAGAGAGCAGCUGCAGUCCAGGUGAAGAAAUGUCAUUGUCUGGGCUUCAAGUUCUCACUGAGGCUGAAGAGAAAGAUUCUCAGAUAGUAUCGGUUAUCAAAGAGGUUCCCGUACACCGGCCAGAGCCAGAUUGCCUGGUAGUUUCACAACAGCCUGAUUGCCAGGCUGCAAGAGAGAAGUCUUCACCCAGGGAGGAAAUAUCUGCCCUGCUACAAGCCCCUAAUGAAGAGGAAUGCUCCCCCACAUCCACCCUCACUAGUUUAGAAGAAAGCUGGACUUCCCCUCACAAUCUUAACUCAGCGUCACACAGCCGCAGCCUUGGAGAAGCCACUGAAACUUUACAAGAAGAGAGGGUGAGGGUUGAUAAGGUGGGGAAAGAAGAAGGUAAACCCGACACAGAGGAGGAGGGCCGUUCCUCCAAUCAGUUAUGUGAGGAAGAGAAAGCUGAAGUGAAAUCAAACAACCAGCCGUGCUCAGAUAUAAACAGACCUGAGGUCACUGAAUUAGCAACAUGUACACUGGAAGAGGGAAUAGAGCCAUGUCAGUCUACAACACAAGAUCAUGUGCUUUGGCCUCUGCCUGCUGUGGCAGCGUACGGUGUAGAGAGAGAGAAUGGAAAAGAACAGAUUGAAUGCACUUCACUGGUUCAGGAAAUGAAUGUAGGAUUUCCGCCCACUGCAGCCCCGAAGAGUUUAAAGAAGGGUGACCUAAAAAUACAGAAAGAAUGUGCUUCUUCUAUAGUAGAGGAAAGCAUUGAAGACCGCGAUGUCAGUGCAAUACAGAGUUCAAACACAGGUUUUAGAAGCAGUGAAGAGGGAAGCAUAUUGAAAGAGGUAUUGAUUUCUGCAUUAGAUUUAGAAGUUAACAACCUAAAAACACAAGAGCAAGGCGAGAGCACUGAAGCAAGGAAUGAAAGUUUACAGUUUAAAGUGGAGACAGAAAAGAGGAAUCCAGUGAAAGUAGAGGAUGAAUCACAGAGCCUCUCUUAUGUUUUGGAGGAACUCAGUAACGUAGACAGCAGCGAGAGACAGCAGGUUCGUCCCUCAGCGAUUAUCCCACUAAUCCAGAUAUCUACUAUAGAAGACACCCCAGAUAUUAAUCCAACUGUGGCAGGUGUAAACCCAAAUGAACAUUUUAUAAUCCCAAAAAUUGAAAUAAUGGAGCCUGAGCUCAAAGACUGCACUCUGCCUCUCACUAUUUUGGCACUAAACAAGCAAGAAUCUGAGCCUGUUACUUUGCAAAAACAUGAUGCAACUCAUGCGUCUGAGGUGAAAAUCCAAGACCAGAGCUUGGAUGAUUCUCCAAGCUCGCUGCCCACGCAGAAAAAAAUGCACGGUGAUAUCAGCCUCCCACUUACAGAGAGGGUAAAGGAAGUUGCACAAUUAGGUGACGAGAUAAAAAUGUUUGAUAUUUGGGAGCAGUCACGCGUGGAAAGCAUUGAACAGCUCCCUCAAAUGGACUAUGCAUCAAUUCCUGUUAUAAAUGUUUCGUGCACUGAUGACAAGGAGGAGGAUGUAUAUGUAAACACCCAUGUUUCAGAUGCACAGCGGCCUUCUGAAACUGUGUUUGUGGUGCCACCGAUCUCUAUCACUUAUCAUGAAAGUGAUGCAGCACUCAGACUGCCCACUCAAAGUGAAUGGACAGAAACAGAAACUUCAACUGUCACGCAAAGGGGAACAGAGCAUGACGCUGCCAAUGAUAAUACGCCUGUAAAAACUCAAAGUAGAAACCAGAACCUAGAAGAAAUGGCAGAAAAGAGUUUAAAAGAAAACACUUCCUCCAUGCUUUAUGAAGCUCUAUCACCAAAGGUUGCUGACAAUGUGCCAUCAUUCAGUAAAACAACUGAAGACAACAUUGUCAAUGAUGUCUUGAAGACAAAACCCCUUAAAGAGGCCAAAAUAGAGAUGUCUGUGUCUGUUGAGGAAAGAAACAGAUCAUCUGUUGACAGACUCUGCUCUAAACCUCCAGCACAUCCAUCACUGAGUCCAGCCAGUCUCCGCAAAUUCAUGUCCAAAGCUGCUCCAGACUCAGAUGCAGUCACCGUGGGUGACCGUCAGAAUGACAAAGCAGACGAAGAUCUAAGCGGAGGCUCGACACCAACAUCCCUCUCCUGUGAGAGCAGUCCCCGACUGAAACGCAGAGACAGUCUGUCACUCAUACGCUCCGCCACGCCUGAGGAGUUGGCCUCGGGAGCUCGCCGCAAAAUCUUCAUCACAAAAGCUAAAGAAGAGGGAGAAGGAGCGGUGGUCGUUGCGCUGGAUGCUCAAGUCAAGAAGGAGACACCCUACAUGUCACCCAGCCAGGCUCGCAGAGCAGCGUUACUGCAAGCUCCCACGGCACAAAACACCCCACCAAUGGAGAGGCGCUCUCCACUGCUGAGCCGUAGAAAGGCCACCUUGGAGGUGCCAAAGGUCGUGGAGGCGACUCCCACAGAAGAGCCAGUCAGCACUAAACAAGAGGAGAAACCAGCUGAAAAGAAGCUGGACCCUUUGAAAGCUCCACAGGUCAUCCGUAAGAUCCGGGGAGAGCCGUUUCCAGACGCCUCCGGACACCUGAAACUGUGGUGCAUGUUCUUCAACGUGCUCAGUGAUUCAACCAUCAAGUGGUACAGAGAUGAGGAGGAAAUACUGGAGGUGAAGAGAAGUGGAGGAGAUGAAAGCCAAGUAGCACUGGCUGUUGUUCUAGCAUCCAGCAAUGACUGUGGAGUAUAUGGCUGUUCAAUCAAUAAUGAAUAUGGGAGUGACACGACUGACUUCCUGCUCAGCGUAGACAUUCUGUCUGAGAUACUACUAAAAGAUGAUUUGGAAGUUGGCGAGGAGAUCGAGAUGACCCCAAUGCUGUUCAGCAGAGGCCUGGCCGACUGUGGCAGCUGGGGUGAAAAGUACUUUGGCCGUAUCAUGACAGAGACGGUGCAGGUCGGGGAGGGCUGCGCUCACAAAGCCAGCAGAGUGAAAGUCAUUUACGGCCUGGAUCCCGUUUUUGAUUCUGGGAAAGCCUGCAUCAUCAAAGUCCAAAGCCCCAUCGCCUACGGGACCACGCAGGACAACAACCUCCCAGAGAGAAAUCUACAGAUAACUAAGCAGGAAUGCAAAGUCCAAAACAUGAUUCGAGAAUAUUGUAAAAUCUUUGCUGCUGAAGCAAGAGUCAUUGAGAACUUUGGCUUUUCACUAGAAGUGACUCCUCAGUAUCUGAUGUACCGGCCUGCCAACUCUGUGCCAUACGCCACAGUGGAGACUGAGCUCGAGGGUGAUUUCCUCCAGUACUGUGUGAUGGAUCCUAAAGGCAAGCUGAUUACACGAACCGAUACUGAGGUGGAGCAGAAAUGCAACUCCUUCCAGCACUGGAUCCAUCAGUGGACACAUGGCAAUUUGCUGGUCACCCGCCUGGAGGGUGUGGAAUCGAAGAUUACAAACGUCAAAGUUGUGACCAAGUCGAAAGGAUACCAAGGACUAACAGAGAAAGGCUCUCCUGAAGUGUUCGAGCAGUUCCUGACACACCACCAGUGCAACUAUUACUGUGGACUUCUUGGCCUGCGCCCUCUUAAGACUAUGGAGCAGCAGACCACCAAGAUAAAGGGCUCCAGGAGCCCCCUGCUCAACCGCAAGCUGGGCUCUAACAGCCCACAGCUGCAGCGGAAAGGACACAGCCCCCAGAUCUCUAGAAAGGCUAAUUCUAGCCCAAAGGUGGCUAGAAAAAUCCAGGAGACAGAGGACGAUAAAUCAGGCACCACACCCAAUCCUGCAGAAACUGUUGAAGUUCUUGAAACGAGGUAGGAAGAAGCGCCUCUUCUGUGUCAAGCAAGAUUUUAUUGCUUGUAAUGGUUUAGUAUUACCUGUUUCUUUCCAGUUACCAAAACCAGCAAGGACUUGAAGAGUAUGAUUAAAAGAAAAGGGAAUAGUUUGUUGACCUGACUUGUCAUAAACUGUGAAUUUUUCAGUCGCCAUUACAGUUACAGUCUGAGACAACCAUAGUUGAAAAGCUUAUGAUUAAACAGCAUGAUUCAUCGCGCAAAAAUCCACCGCGCUUCGCACUUUUAAAUUUGCAUUAAAGCUUUUGUUCCUUUUAAUGAAGAGACGUCAACAUUUUCAUGGUUUGAUUUGAAGAGUUAUGGAGAAUAAAAACCACAGCCAGAGUUCCACCUUCGACGCUGCAUGUUCAUCUGUGAUGUACAGCAUGUGUGUAGGACAUAAAAGUUAAUUUUAGAGACGUUAUAUUUGGAUUGCAUUAGAAAUGCCUACGCAGCAUUUCCUUUACACAGCAAAGUUGAGCUCAUGCUGUAGAAUUACAACACCGUUUUUAGGUCAAAGAUGUUUGUGUGCACUUUUGUUUUUGGCAUUACUUUUUAGUAGUUUUUGAGUACUUCGUGUCUGUCGUGUCUUUAAUAAGUCCUCUUGUAGUAUUUCAGAAUAUAUGCUGGUGAGUGCAAAGCAAUGAGCAGUGAGAGGCUUGCCAGUAAACUCUUUAACUAUGGUAUGUUCACGCUCAUUGUGUAGAGGAAAUUAGUCACACAAUGCCAAAAAAUUUGGUGUGCGGCUAUUUUCCUUAUACGUUAAACCGUGGUUAGCACCUCUCUGCAACACUUGUGUGCGUUCUUCCUCUCUCUCAUGCCCGCGCUCAUUGACAUGCAAAUACACUAGUGUGUUCCCGGCAAUGAGGAAAAGCUGCAGAAUGAGUUCCACACAGUAAUUUUGAUGUGACCUAUGGAUUGUUGGAUGAAAGCACACUGAACAAAAUAACCAAAAGAGCAGAUUCAAGACUUUCAGAAGCCUAUUGGGCACUAAGUAAGGCUCCCGGAAUGAAAGUUUUGCAGAAACUGACGAUUUGCUGAACAAGAGAGCUGUGAGUUGUGCCGGUGUAGAAUAAGAAUCAGAAGGAAAAGCAUUCAGUUAUCUUGUGAGUUUGCACAGGUAUUCAUGGUUAAAUUCCCACAAGAGUCACUUGCCUUCUACAAAUAAAAAGCAACUGACAAGAAUCCUGAAGGAAUUCUUGUAAUGGCUUAUUGGUUAAUGAUCAACGAGAGUUUUCAAAGUCUUCCGCUCGUAAAAUUUCAGCUGCCGUUACUUCACAUCACUGUAAUUGCAUGAUUGUUUGUGAUAGAAAAAGAGGUUGAAAUAUUGACCAGCGGAUGUUAAGGUGUGGUGUCAUGCAAACAAUCUGUUUUGUGUUUAUGUGUACAUAAAGUCAAAGGACUGAAUAUCUGAAGCAGUGUGAAGAAAAAUGGUAAACGUGUGCGUGAGUGUGUGUGUGAGUGAAUGAAUGAGUUAAUAAGAAGAAUAGAUGAGUGUUUACAAUGUGUGCCAUCUUUGUUGUGUCACAUCAUGUCAGCAAAUGUUUGUUUUUUUAAAUAAAUACGUAAAACAUUUGUGUCCAAG